AUGAACCACAGCACCACCAAAGUGGGGUCGGAGACCUCUGAGCCCCUGCGCUACAUCAGGCAGGGUGACGGAGGCGGACCGGAGACACCGGGACGUCCCGUGUCCGCGCACGGACCCCAGCCACUCGCAGCCCCCACCCAGAAUGACAUCCAGAUCUACCCUAGAGUCACUCGCUGCUUCCGAAAUAAAGCACCCCCGUGGACCGAGAUGAACUUUGCAAAGAUCAUCUCGGUCACAGCGAGGGAGGAAGCCUCCCCGGAGGAGAACCCGGUGAGAGUGACAGCUGCAGGGCCGCCCCUGGGACAGGUAAAUGCCAGCGUUGGGGGGCCCCCGUACCGGCAGACCGGGGCGCUUGGGGGAGCUCCUGUGCACAGGGUCAUACAUUAUGAAUAUCAUCUGUGUGGGCCCCCCCCCGCCCCCACGUCACAGCCGGAUCAACGCCUCCGGUUCGGGACGCCUAGCUUCGGUGUGACGGAGUGGACGUCCUGGUUCAACAUCGACCACCCGGGGGGCAACGGCGACUACGAGCGGCUGGAGGCCAUCCGCUUCUACUACCGGGAGCGUGUGUGCACGCGGCCCAGCGCCAUGGAGGCGCGCACCACCGACUGGGUGGCGGCGGCCGAGACCGGCGAGGUGGUGCACUCCAGCCUGGAGAAGGGCUUCUGGUGCGUCAACAAGGAGCAGCCCUACGGACGCACCUGCUCCAACUACCACGUCCGCUUCCACUGCCCUCCAGUCCAGGCCUACUGGACGGACUGGAGCGAGUGGGGGUCCUGCUCCACGGGGGCCUGCGGCGACGUGGGGGUCCAGGUCCGCCAGAGGAGGUGUGUGAGCAACCAGCCGGUGCCGCUGCUCCUGGUCCCCGCCUGCCAGGGGCCCCACUCGGAGAGGAGGGAGUGCUCCACGGCCCCGUGCACAGCCCGUUGGGGGUCUUGGGGUCGGUGGGGGGCUUGUUCAGCCUCCUGCGGGGGGGGUCGUAGGAUCAGAAGGAGGACCUGUGUGAAGACUUCAGACACGGUGCGAUGUGUCGGACGACCCAUGGAGAUCCAGAAGUGCGGGAAAAGCCGAUGCCCGGAUAAAUGUCUGAUGGUGUGCCCCGAGGGGCUUCCCAGCGCCGACUGCGGCCGCUGCCUGUGCGAGGGGCACGUCCUGCAGGGGGAGGUGUACACCAUCGCGGGGGUCCCCGUGGCGGGGGCCACGGUGGCGCUGGCCGACCGGCCCAAGGUGGCCCUCGCCCAGUCGGACCCUGCGGGCCGCUUCAGGGUCCCGGGGGUCUGCUCCUCCAGCCCCUCCCUGCUCUCCGUCAGGAAGGAGCGAUUCGCCGCCGCCGCGGUCUCCACCUCCAGUAACGCCACCGGGCUGUCCUGGGUGCGGGCCGUGCUCGGGUCGACUGAAAAGCCGUACAUCUCCAAGCACCAGAACAAGGUCCGCCAUGAGGGGGGACGCGUGCUGUUGUGCUGCAAGGCCACUGGCUCACCCACCCCGGAUAAAUACUACUGGUACCACAAUGGGACUCUGAUGGACCGGAAUGUAUUCAAGUACGAGGAGGACCUGGUCCUGAGAGACCUGAAGCCCCGGCAGGCGGGUCUCUACCACUGCAAAGCCAGCAGUCCCGCAGGCAGCAUCAAGUCCACCCAGGCCUUCCUCACUGUCAUCGGAAGAGGAACGCCGGCAUGCAACACCACCCCCGAGGACAACAACAUCAGGCUCCCCAUGGACUGCGUUCAACCUGGGACCGAUUCCAAGAACUACAACGCCGGCCGCUGCCCCCACAACACGUGUGCCGGCUCGCUGGACUCGGACUUACGCUGCAGGGACGGAGCGGGCUACUGCUGCGGGGUCCAAGAGAUGGAGACUCGCACCAUCGACUGUGGGAAAUACAGCCUUCCCAUCCGGGCGGUGACACAGUGCGGCUGCAAGAAGUGCGUGCAGCCUUCCGUGAUGGUGCGUGGCCGAGUGGUCUCGGCGGACAACGGUGAACCGCUGCGUUUUGGACACAUCUAUAUCGGCAAAGAGAGGGUGAGCACCACCGGGUACCAAGGAGGCUUCACGUUACACAUCGCCCAGGACACGGGGAGGCUGGUGGUCAAUUUUGUUGACCCUUCAGAGAAGUUCAUCGACACCCCGAAGGUGUUUAUAUUCGACAAGAGGGGCGGAUCCAUCUACCAUGACGUCAAGGUAAUGAGAAAGCAAGCGGCGAUCAGUAUCAACGCAGGGGAGACCAACACCAUCGAGUUAGGAGAGAUUAAAGGGGAGGACCCUAUAGGCCAGAUCGUGAUUCCUCCAAACUCAUUUCAUAGGGAAAACGGAGAGCUGUACGAGGGAACGGUGAAGGCCAGUGUCACAUUUAUCGAUCCCAGGAAUAUCACCACAGCUGCCGCAGCCCCGGGAGACCUCAACUUUGUGGACGACGAGGGAGACAUGCUCCCUCUGAGGACCUACGGCAUGUUCUCCGUCGACUUCAGAGACGAGUUCAACAAGGAAGCCCUGGGCACUGGAGCAGUCCAGGUGCUUCUGGACACGCAGCAUGUGAAAAUGGAGGAACACAUCCCCAAGAUGAAACUGUGGUCGCUGAACACAGAGACGGGGGUGUGGGAGGAGGAGAGUGACUUCAGCUACACCAGGGCCACCGGCAGCCACGGGAGGGUCAAGCGAGAGGAGCGCACGUUCCUCAUCGGCAACAUGGAGAUCCGAGAGCGCAGGCUGUUCAAUCUGGACGUGCCGGAGAACAGACGCUGCUAUGUCAAACCGGUCCGGGCGUACAUGAGUGAAAAGUUCCUGGCCAGCGAACAGGUGGAGGGGGUAGUGAUCAGCCUGAUCAAUCUGGAACCCAAGCCCGGCUUCUCUUCCAACCCCAGGGCGUGGGGUCGAUUCGACAGCGUCAUCACCGGACACAACGGUGCUUGUUUGCCGGCGUUCUGUGAUGCGCAGAGGCCCGACGCCUACACGGCCUACGUCACCGCCAUCAUGGGCGGGGAGGAACUGGAGGCCGCACCCUCGUCCCCCAAGAUGAAUCCAAACAUCAUCGGAGUUUCUCAGCCCUACUUGAAUAAAAUCGAUUACCAGCGGUCCGACCACAAUGACCCGGCUCUGAAGAAAACAGCUUUCAGAAUCAACCUGGCCAAGCCAAACCCAAACAACCUUCAGGAAGCUAACGGCCCGAUUUAUCCUUAUCGUAAUUUAAUAGCCUGUGAAAAUGCAGAAAUAAAUGACAAUCAUUUUAGGUUCUUCCGAGUAGAAAAGGACAAGUACGAAUACAACGUUGUGCCCUUCCAGGAGAAUGAUCUGACCACCUGGACGGGAGACUACCUCUCCUGGUGGCCCAAUCCUCAGGAGUUCAGGGCCUGCUUCAUCAAGAUCAAGGUUCAAGGGCAGAAGGAAGUGAUGGUCAGGUCCAAGAACAUGGGCGGAACGCACCGCGCCACCAAGGGAAAGCUGUACGGCAUCCGAGACAUACGCAGCACCCGAGACAUGAGGGAAGCCAACACCUCUGCAGCCUGCGUGGAGUUCAAAUGCAGCGGGAUGUUGUUCGACCAGUCUGAGGUGGACCGAUCCCUCAUAUCCCUCCUCCCUCAGGGCAACUGCCGUCGAGUCGGCAUCAACAACCUCCUGCAGGAGUACCUCACCAAACACCCCCCGGUGCCUCAGAACAACGAGUCCCACGCCUUCCACAUGCUCGCCCCCGUCGACCCCCUGGGGCACAACUACGGCAUCUACACCGUCACGGACCAGAACCCCAGGGUGGCCAAGGAGAUCGCCAUCGGACGCUGCUUCGACGGCACUUCCGACGGUUUCUCCAGAGAGAUGAAGUCCGAUUCCGGCGUGGCGAUGACCUUCAGCUGUCCGGAGAGGAAGAUCACCAGGGAAAGCCUCUUCCAGCGGCUGCAGACCAACCCAGGGCAGACCUUGUCCCAGAUGGCCAGGGACAUGCGGGAGUCGCAGGGCCUGCAGGUGCAGCGGUCGUCCACCCAGGUGGUGGCCUAUCCUUCGGAGCAGCGCAGCAGGAGUCAGGGUCGCAGGGUAUCCAGCGUCAGCUCCACCAGCAGAAGAAGAGUGACCUCGCGAGGACAACUACGCCAGUAGUUCUUCUGGGAGAUUCCAAAAUGUCAACAGAGGGAGAGCCUUGCUGGGCCAGUCAGUUAAAGGUGGAUAUGAACUUUGGUCUCACUAUGAACAACACAGAACUCCCUGCCCCAGUUCCAAUGGCCUCCGAAUGCACGACCACCGCAGCAAUAUCUAGCACAAAGGAUUUGCAAAAAAUAAUGAGUCUCCUAUUUACUCCAAGGGUUUUUCAAUACAUUUUGUACAUGUGUUUUUUCAAUAACACAGGAAUAGCAAUUUUGUGUUAAUCAAGCAGGACAAUUGAAAAUAUAACCAGCUUCACAUUUAACUCGGCUUCAAGGUAUCAUCAAGUUUAGAUGCCUGCUUUAUUUUUGUUGACAGAAUGCUUGACGUUGCAAAACACUAAAUUGUACCCCCAAAUGUAAGGAAGUUACAUAGCGGGACAUUUGAUGUGGUAUGGGGCUGGCAAAAAUACGACAUGGUUUAAAUACACACAUUUUCAUCCAUUCGCUAAAGUAAUUCAGCCCCCACGCCUCUUUCGCCUACUAAGGUUCUUGCCAGGACAAGCAUUGCACAAAAACAAAGAUAAGAAGCAGUAGACUCCACAUAUCUUUUUGCAGACGGCCCAAAGGAGCCAUAGAUGUUAGGAAUGACAAAAGUUCCACAUUCCACUUCUGUUCAUGACCCGGAAAACCAAAUUGAACAAUGUCCACCCGCCAUUUCCCCCAGCCGUCUCUUCUUUCAUAGGAACUGUGACUUAAUGAGGUUAACGGCAAGUCUAAUAUGUAAUUCAAACUGAUCUUUUUGUCUGGUGCUAUUAGUGUCUGUCUGUCUUUGAAUAUUUAAGUGCAAUAAUGAUGUACCAUGUUAACUUGAGAAACCUUGCAGGGUGCCGACCUUGCAUACGGCAAACCCAUAUACUCUCAGAACAAUGUUGCAGACCUACACUUUUUUUUUUGGCAACAACCAAAGCAGUGUAUUGCCUUUUUCUUUAUGGUCCGAACGUUCUUUGCAACUGCAUGGUGGAUUUAUUCACAGUAAAUCUCAUUCAAUACGUUAAACUUCCCAGAACAUUCUCAUUACUCCGGGUUCAUUUCUCAGUGGAGCGUUUCUUUCUUGGAGAAAAAACACUAAGUCUUGGCACUCCUAAUUUUACUGGACAUGGUUUUACAAGAGGGAUGUAUUUGGUCCUUUUUUCAGAAACACAAUUAUUAACAAGGUAGUGUAGUUCUCCCUGUUCAGACUUCAAGGGUUCAAGAGGCCCUUUCUGGUGAGGAUUCAGUACGUUAUGUCAAUUUGAGUUGGUAAGAUAGGAGGAGGGAACUUCCAGCCUCCAUAAUGGGUACAACUUGUUUAUCCCCAUCAUAGUCACUUCUGGAGCUUCAUGGGCUUUUGAGGAGCCAUGGGGAAUCCCCUGGAGCUGACCUUAUCCCACAGCCAAAUGAGGUAGGCUCUAGAGCUUGGAGAAAUCAGGCAAGGCUGGAAGUAAACAAGGGGGCUGUGUUUAAUCAGAAAACACAUCACGUAUACUUUUGGGAAUAAUUCAGAUGGUUCAGACAUUUUCAGCAAAGUGCAGAUGGAUUUAAGCUCAUAACUGCUCCUCUGGUGAGAGUAUUGCGGUACAUGUUGUUAAUAAUCGCAAUAGUUGCAGCAUCAGCCUUUUGUGUCUUGGUUAACUCCGUUCCACAAGUUCAUGCUAAUGACGUAAAUUCUCCAAUAAAAAAACGAUUUUUAUCGGUGUGGAUUAAAAUGCAAGGUGUGUCUGUAAAAGGGAUAUUUAUACCGUAACUUAAAGCUUCUGUUCUAGAGGAUACUCCCAAAUUCCAUUAUUGGUUGUGUUGCUCCUGCCAGCCCCUUAAUCUGGACGUGGGAGACCCCGACCAUUACGACUGACCUCACACAUAACUACUGUCCCCGAGGGAAGUAGUCAAAUCUGGUCCGUUAAAAACUCACUCCCUGUACCCUCCAGGCUCUGUGCUAGAUAAAGGAAAAUAAAAGGGUCCAGGUGAUGCGGAGAGCCAAAUCUUAUAAAGACGUGACAUUUGUGUGUGUGUGUGUUUGUGUGUGUGUGUGUAAACCAAGGUCACCAAGGGAAUUCCAACAGCUGUUAAGCAACUGAAGGAAAUGUUAAGUCCGAGAACAUCAAGAGGAAAGGUGGAUCACGAUUACAUACUGAUGGAUGAUAAUGCAGUUUGGCAGAGGAAAAAAAAAAUGAAGGGAAAAAUAUUAGUGGUUUUGGGCCCCACAGUCCAUCACUCACAGAAUUCCAGACUUUGAAAUUGGUUGCAUGUGUAGGAAAAGAUGUUUACAGAGGAAAA